AUGGAGGUGAGUGAUCAACUUGCACCCUGGCAGCUUUUACCCAGGUGUGCAUUGAAUACAUUGGAUGGGCUCAAGAACUUGGUGUGGCUGUUUCAUGUACAGAUGGGGCAAUUGCAAAUUUCCCCUGUCCAACAACAUCAUGUUGCAAGCAACAGUGGUAGUGGUGUGGUUGUCAUCGGCAGUGCCAGUGUUCAGUAUCAUUGCACAGAUGCCAUUUCUCAGGCUACUCAAUUUAACACUUAUCUAUAUGGAAAAUCACAAACAAAUGACACGAGGGUAACAAACCAACAGAACUCAUGUGUGCACCCAUACUCUGCCAGCACAUCACAAAGGAACAGUGAAGUUGGGCAGUCCUAUAACAUGCACCAUAAUCCCAUACCUCAGAAGGUUGAUGCAUCAACCAUGACAGAAAAGGAAACCCAGACCAAUGAUGGGCUCUUUGGUAGCAGUGUGCAGCAACAGGAUUUUAAAACUUCAUAUCCCAUUACAACGAUGAUCCCUUCCCCUGCCACUUGGCAAAGUUUGGCUGGUCCACCGGGAUCAACUGUUGCUGAAUACUUGUCACGUUUGCCUGCUUCAACUCUUCCUCUAACACUUCACCAUUUGCUGAAGUUCUCAACAGCAGCUACUCCUGAAGGACAUGCUGUUGCAACACCUACCUCAGGUUCAGGGAUCAAAAAAGACGAAGAUAUUACAUUGUUGACAAAGAAAAAGAAAAAGAGGAAAUACAAAAAGAAGACAUAUAUCCCACGUCCACCACGCCCUAGGCCUGGUGAGAUCCGUCUCACAACAGCACUGGAUGGCUCUACACUGUACUGUUGCCCUGAAUGUCAUAUGGCAUACCCAGAGAGGGAGCUGCUGGAACAGCAUCUUGUAGUUCAUCGUCUUGAACGUCGUUUUGUAUGCGACAUCUGUGGAGCAGGCCUGAAACGCAAGGAACACCUUGAUAGGCACAAACAGGGUCAUAACCCAGAGCGCCCAUAUGCCUGUUCUAUCUGCCUCAAGGCAUUCAAACGCAGUGAGCAUCUGUCACGACAUUUUGUCAUCCAUUCAGGUGACAAAACACAGGUUUGCACAGAGUGUGGGAAGGGUUUCUAUCGUAAAGAUCACCUCCGAAAACAUGCCCAAAGCCACAUUGCAAAACGUCUACGUUCAGAGCUUAUGGGUCAGAAACCGCCACAAAGUGGAGGAGGUAGUAAUCAACAAGGCAUAGGGCCACUGGGAUCAAUGCCUUCUCCAACUGGCAUCACAGCUGUUGCUCUCAUGCCUGGAAGUGCUACCCUUCCCAUCCUAUCAUCCUGAAUAAAGAAGUGAUGUUUCUCCAUUUUCAUCACUGUUCUGCUUGAGAAUGUAUUUCCAAGCUUAGCAGUCCCAUAAAAGUGACUAUGAAUAUGUAAAGAAACAUUAUGGAGUUAGGUAUUUCAUUUGUAAUUUAUGUUUUAAAUUACCUUUAAUAGUCAUAUUUUAAUUUGUAAAAAUUUAGAUUAACAGUGAAUAUGUCAAACUUUUCAGAAAUGCAACUGGUGAUUUGCUAUGCUUCCAGUACUGCAUGAAGCAUUAUCUCUCUUUGUGUAUGUUGUGUGUGUGUUUGGGGUGGGGGGUGGAGCAGACUAGUCUCAUCCAGACUUUUACUUGCCAAAGGAAUGAAGUCAAAAAGUUUUUACAUAGAAUCAAACACCACAAUUUUUUUAUCACUAAUAAUUUCUGUAUUAAAUACAGAACCAUAAAUUGAUAAAAUCAAAACUGCUGUGAAGUUUCUCUUUGACUCUUUCUCUAAAGCAUUUUCACAUUUAAUUACUGUGCCACUGAUACUGAUUGAUAAAUAUGGCUGUCUUCUGGGUUGUGCCAUGUAAUCUGGUAGAAGUGAACCAGACUACAUGGCGUAACAAUCCAGAAGACGGCCAUUUCAAACUCACUGCUGUGAAAACUUCAAAUCCUACAUACUGAUAGAUGUCUGUAAGAUAAUAAGGUAGUGUUUAUGUCGUGUAAAAUUUUUCUUCAGCAUGCUUGAUAAUUCAAUUUUAAUUUCUUGAUUCAGACUUUACCCGUUUGUAAUGGGUCUGUUCAUUCCUGAUCCUUGUAAACAUAAUAAUGAAUCUUUGGGUUUUAUAAAAGGUAGGGAAUUUGGCCAGCUGAGUGACUGUCAAGUAAUCAAGAAGCCUACAAUAUGGAGAUGGUUCAUUUUGAAGGGAGUUAUUUUUACAGUGAUUACAACUGCUAGUAGAAACAGCCACACGUUCAGCAGAGUUAACAAAUUACUGAGUAUAUGGAAAGUCUGUAAAAUUUCAAUUUGAGAUAAACUACACCAGGUGUUGACUUAGAUUUAAAUAUUUUUUGUCUUAAAAUCACUUGAAACUCAAUCUCUAGUUGUAAGUUAUUUUUCCUUCAUUCACAUGCAUCAAACCUGUCAGUACACUAUAACCAUGGGUGGAACUACAACACUGUCAUUUCUGGCUUUUAUGGAACAAAGUUUCCACUGUAGUGAUUUUACUUCUAAAUUAGUAUAAUAUGUGCUAUACAUGUCAUAGCUUUUCAUAUUCCAAAACUAGAUAAGAAAGACAGUUCUAAUGCCAGUGUGACCCUUGCAUGAAAAGAGAGAUUUCCACUUUGUGCACAGUUAGCCAUGUGUUAUCUUUUCAGAAGCUACUUAAUAAAUCUAUGAAGUAUUCCUUAUUUUGCUUAUAGUAAGGACUGGAGAUCAGCAAUUUACAGAUGUCAAAAGACUUGCUUUCAACUCAGUGCAUGCCAUGUGUUCAGGAUUAUGUUUUCCAUCAGUAUUGAAGUGCUAUACUGACCCUCAUAUACCCUCAGCCAUAACUUUUCUGCAGUCAUUCACUCAAAUUUACGUUUUAAACAUGACACUGACAAUCACUUUUAUUUCUUGUUCCUUUUUAAAAUUAGUAGGAACAGACAUAAGAAAAUUCUGUCAGUAUAUUCAGUUAAUUUACAAAUAGUGUACACUUCUUUUUUGUUGCUAUUGUAUUGUAUUUUUAAGACUGCCACAUGUUUUGUUCCUGUCUUCAAGAUUGUUGAACAGUAAACAAUAUUUUUGUACCUGUCUUUAUGUAUUAAUAGAUAUUUAUCUGUUAAGUUUUGUAUAAAAAGAAAUAUUGUCAAUGUUGUCAAAUUCACUCCCAUACUGAUGUUUUUGUAUAAAGAAAUAUAAAUGUGUCUAGUUUAUAUA